GUGUGUGUGUGUGUGUGUGUGUGUGUGUUUCUUUCUUUUCUGAUAACUGAGCAGCUGCGUGGGCCGGAACUGGGAAACGAGACAACGCAGCCCGUUGGAAACUGAAAUUUCAGUGGACUCGAAAGGCCCAAGAAGCUGAAACUCCUCGCUGACUCAUUCCUCGUGUCCAUCAUCGCGAGCGCCGGCGACAGCCGGCAGCCGGCCUGGCGGAUCGCAGCGGGGCAGAGCGAAAACGACGAGAUCGCUUAAUGCGCCGACGGCCGCAAAUGCCAAAACAUCGCGCGCUUAUCAGUACCUCCGUUUCUCUCCCCACUCUCUCUCUCUCUCUCACGCACACACACGCACGCACCUCACAUCAGUGAUCGACCAGCAUGGCCGGCGCCGCGCCUCACGUCAUGGUGCUGCCGUUCCCGGCGCAGGGCCACGUCACGCCGUUCAUGGAGCUGUCGCACCGCCUCGUCGACCGCGGCUUCCAGGUCACCUUCGUCUGCACCGAGCUCAUCCACGCGCUCCUCCUCGACACCGGCACCAGCGGCGACGCGCUGUGCGGCAUCCGCCUCGUCUCCAUACCGGACGGCAUGGCCGACGGCGACGACCGCAGGGACCUCUCCAAGUUCGUGGGCGCCAUCACGCGGUACGUGCCGGGCUACGUGGAGGACCUCAUCAGGGAGACGGCUGCGUCCGGGGAGAAGGAGGUCAAGUGGCUCCUCGCCGACGUCAACCUGGGGUUCUGCUACCAGGGCGCCAAGAACCUCGGCGUCCGGGUGGCUGCCGUCUGGCCGGCGGCCGCCGCGAGUCUCGGGAUGUGGUCCAGCAUUCCCAAGAUGAUAGAGGAUGGCUUCAUCGAUGACAAGGGCAUGGCAAAGCGAGAGGGGAUAUAUGAGAUCGCCCCCAAGAUGCCGCCGAUCUGCAUGUCACGCAUGCCGUGGUGCAUCGACGGCCCACCCGAGGGGCAGCAGCUGGUCUUCAAGCUCGUGGUCACCGACAACGCCCAAGCGACCAGCCUCGCCGAGAUCGUCGUGUGCAACUCGUUCCUCGACGCCGAGGCAGCGGCGUUCGGGAUGUUCCCGGAGAUACUGCCCAUCGGCCCGCUGUUCGCCGAUCAGGAGCUUCGGAAGCCCGUCGGGCAGUUCUGGCCGGAAGACGUCAGCUGCCUGGAGUGGCUCGACGCGCAGUCCGAAGGCUCCGUCGUGUACGUGGCGUUCGGCAGCUUCACCAUCUUCGACCCGCGGCAGUUCCGAGAGCUCGCCGAAGGGCUGGAGCUCACCGGCCGGCCGUUCCUGUGGGUGGUGCGCCCGGACUUCACCUCCGACGUCCUCGGCAAGGCGUGGUUCGACGAGUUCCAGAGCCGCAUCGCUGACAAGGGCAUGAUCGUCAGCUGGUGCCCCCAGCAGAAGGUUCUGGCGCAUCCCGCCGUGGCGUGCUUCGUGUCGCACUGCGGGUGGAACUCGACGAUGGAGGGGGUGAGGAAUGGCGUGCCCAUCCUGUGCUGGCCCUACUUCGCCGACCAGUUCACGAACCGGAGCUACAUUUGCGACAUCUGGAGGACCGGCUUGGCCGUGACGCUCGGAGAUGGAGUCGUGACGAAGGAGGAGGUGAAGAGCAAACUUGAGCAGGUCAUCGGCGACGAGGGAAUCGCGGAGAGGGUAGCGAUGCUCAGGGAUGCAGCUCGUAGGAACAUUGGCGAGGGCGGGUCCUCGUAUGAGAAUUUCCAGAGAUUUGUUACCCUCCUAAACGAGUGAGCUGCAUUUCACUAUAUACUGUCUGUCACUGUCUGAGACAGACGACAAUUUUUUUUUGUGUUUCUCUUUUUAUUUUAGUAUUAUAUAUUGUGCACGCUUUUCUGGCUUGUUUCCCUAGCGAACCAAAACAUAUUGAAUUU